GUUGUCAUACAUGGUUAACUAUUUACCAAAUUUUUUAUAAAUUUUUAUGAAAAAACCACCACAAUGCCACGGUAUUGUUGUAUACUUACCUGUAAAAACUUUCGUGGUUGUCCAUCUGAAAGCAGUGUUAGUUUCUUUCGGCCGCCACAAGAUGUACAGAUUCGUGAAAAGUGGAUACGAUCAAUUAGAAAAUAUCAAGGAAUUAGCAAUCAAUUCAAGAUCUGUCAGCUUCACUUUGAUAUGGACUGUUUUUUCAACAGAGUCAGGGAAACGAGUCAGCUUCGAUUAAGGCCAAAUGCAAUUCCAACAAUAUUCACGACAAAUCCAUUCGACCAAAAGAGACAUGCAGUGGAGAAUGAAAAACAAGUUGUCAAUGUCAAUGCUGAACCAAAAAUUCAAUACACAUAUUCAAAGAAAACCAAAGUGAUUGUGUUAAAUGGAACGAAAAAUGUGAUUCCAAAUAUGUUUGAGACGAGUUCAUACAACCUUCCAAUUAAGACAGAGCCCAUGUCGGAUGAGGAAAAAGAAGAGCCGCCCAGAGUCGAGUUAGAUACCCCGUGCAAUUAUAUCAAACAAGAGCCUGUCGAUGGACAAGAAAAAUCAUAUGACCCAUUAAAAAGUGGUCAGACAAUAGUGAACACUGAUGUACAAGUGACGAAAUCUCAAGUUUCUAGCCAAGUGCCCAGUUCAUCAAAACAGUGCUAUCGAUGUAUUGGACAAGACGUACAAUUGCAGAGGUACGCAACGAAAAUCAAAUCAUUGAAAGCAGAAUGUAAAGAAAAAACAAAAACAAUAAGAAAACUGAGACAUAGUCUUUCACAAUUAAAAAAUAAAGUCAGACCAUUAGAAUUGAUUUACGCGAAGAACCUUAAGGAAUAUUGUGAAGUUUGUCAGCAAUCAUAUUAUCCACACGUUGAAGAUCACAUCUGCGAAAAAGGCAUCAAUGAAAUUUGUUGUGAUUAUUGUGGAAAGUCAUUCAAGUCGAUCGUUUUGAUUUUGGAUCAUCUAAUUAUUCAUCACCACGAAAAGACAUUUUUUGAAUGCGAUAAAUGCCCAAGCAUAUUUUCAAUGGCUUUACUAUUGGAAUUUCAUCAGAAAAAACAUUUGGACUGUGAGCAAGAAUCGGGGCAAGAAUUCAGUUGUGAAAUCUGUGAUGGAAUUUUCUAUACAAAAUAUCAAAUUCGAAAUCAUAUGAUCGAAUGUCAUUCGGGAGAAGCAAAAAACCAAUUGGUCCCCCAUCAGUGCGGCACAUGUGGUCGAUAUUUCAAAAAUGAAGGACAUUUGAAAUUACAUGCACGACGUGCGCAUGAAAAAAUGGAAGCACUAAAAUUUGAAUGCUAUAUGUGUCAAUUAAAAUUAAAAUCAUUGUAUGAUACUCGUCUACACAUCGAAUUGGACCAUCAGCGAAACGAAAAUUGUCAAGUGUGUACCAAUGAUUUUACGACGAAAGAAAUUAAUGAACAUUUAUGCAACGGAUUGAGUGGAUGCGCUUAUUGUCAUCAACCGGUCAAGACGACGAAAGCUUUGUUACAACAUUUGGAAAAAGACUGCAAAGGCGAAAAGUUACUGUACAAAUGUGAUAUAUGCUUAAAAUUCUUUGGAAUGGAGUUACUAAGAGACGUACACAUGAAACAUCAUAGUACGAUAGAAAAGAAUUUUCUGUGUGAUCUGUGUCCAAGUCGAUUUUCGAAUAGUACAGCAUUAUCUAAACAUAAAUUCCGACAUACACAAAAAGAUGGUCCUGGUUUAUAUUUAUGCGAUCAAUGCGGCAAAGAAUUUAAAUGUGCGCGUAAUUUAAGUAUACACCAGCAAGUACACGAAGAGAAAAACUUGAAAUGUCUCAAUUGUGACUUCAGCACCAAUAAAAAGGAACGACUAAUUGAACAUAAGACGAGAAAUCAUCAAAACUACAAAGUCGUUUGUAAUAUCUGUAAGGCCGUUCUCUCUUCCAAAAGGGGACUUUCAAGUCAUAUGAGAGUUCAUAGACGCACCGACGAAGAUCGAAAGUAUACUUGUGCGAUUUGCAAAAAAAAGUUUCACAAAAAGGCCUGGAAAAGACAUUUGCUGUCACAUUCGAAUGAAAAACCAUUUGUUUGUGAGUUUUGUGGACAAGCAUAUAAGUACAAUGGCGAUUUGAUGCAACACAAACGCCACAGGCAUGUUGGAGAUAACUUAUAUGCCUGUGAAAAUUGUCCAAAACGAUUCCGUUAUAAGUCACAGUUUGUUCGUCAUAAACAUGUAUGUUCCAAAAAUGAGAACGGUUGAUGGACAUUGUUAACAUUUUCAUCGAUAAUCCAUUUUAACUUUGAAAAAAAAAAUGUUCUCUUAAACUCAUAAAUAAAAAUCACCAUUUUACCGAA